CGCCGAGCCAGUGGACAGUGGUGGUGGCCUAUCUCCCCGCCCGCGCGAGCGUUCCCAGCUCCAGGAGUUCCCCCCGAUGGCGCCCGCGGCCGCGGCUGUCGCGGCGGCGCGGCCGUCGUCGCUCCCUCGCGCGUCGUCCCCGCGGCGGGGACGCCAGUGCCGCGCCUGCUCGUUCCGCCGCGCCGCGCCGAGCGCACGCCCCGUCACACUGGCGUCCUCUGAACCGGGCCAUUGUUCGCGGAGCCGUCGGCGGCAGGGGCGGCCGCUCUGCAGCCAGGCCGAAGUGGCGGGCGCCACCGUCGACGACGACGAGGCGUGCGAGCUGGUGAGCGGGUCGGACCUCGUCAUCGGCGAGGGCGACGACAGCGUCCGCGCGUACCUCUUCAAGGCCGUCAAGAACAACAACGGCACGGGCAUCCUGCUCCUCUCCGACGUCUUCGGCUUCGAGGACUCCGCCACGCGGGACUUCGCCUACCGCGUCGCCUGCAACGGCUACAAUGUCCUGGUGCCGGACUUGUUCCGGGGCGACCCGUGGAAGCCGAGCGCCCCGUUCGACGAGGACGGCUUCGCGCGGUGGCUGGCCGGGCAGGCCCCGGCGCGGGUGUCCGGCGACAUCGACGCGUGCACGAGGUGGCUGGUGGACGAGUUCAAGGCGGCGGGGGUGUCCAGGAAGCUGGGCGUGGUCGGGUUCUGCUACGGCGGCGCCCGCCUCGUGGAGGCGCUGGCGCGCGACGCGGACGCCGAGAGCUGCUUCAGCGCGGGGGUCUGCUUCUACGGGUCUCGGAUGGACGCGUCCCUGGGCAGCCGCGUCGCGGCGCCCGUGCUGUUCGUGUGCGGCGACGGCGACCCGCUCUGCCCCGUGGAGACGGUGCGGGAGCUGGAGCGACGCGCCAGGGGCGCCAGGGCCGCGGUGUACGCCGGCAGGGGCCACGGGUUCGCGCAUCGGCCGCAGUCCGUGGAGGAGGACGCCGACGCCGAGGACGCGUUCAACGCCAUGCGGGGGUGGCUGCACGACCACCUGCUCGCCUGACCUGCCGGCGUUACAUCAGCGCGGGGCACGGGUUUGCUGUUGUUGGCAGGUGGUGAAGUACAUAGGUUCGUCGAAGAUCAGAAUCAAGGGUGCGCGUAAGAGUUUUGAGUGAAUUCAGGAGUAAUUGCAAAAAACUGCGGAGAGUGUGAAAUCUACUGUAAAAAAUAGUUCAAGCACUUGAAAAUGGCACGACAAUUCCUUUCUUGUAUGUAAUAUAGGGGGCUGAACCGCUGAUACCCCCAGGAAAGACCCGAAGUUUACUGCGGAUUUGCUUCAAAA